CCCACACCCCCCGCCCCCGCAAUGGCGGAGGGGCCGCGGCUGGACCGUGACGGGCUAGACUUCGGGAAGCGCCGUUCUGAGCUCGGCCAGGUGUAUUUGCUGACAGAACCUGGCAGGACCGCAUUUGGUAUCAACAGUAUUUUAUAUCAACGUGGCAUAUAUCCAUCGGAAACCUUUACUCGAGUGCAGAAAUAUGGACUCACCUUGCUUGUAACUACUGAUCCUGAGCUCAUAAAAUACCUAAAUAAUGUGGUGGAUCAACUAAAAGAAUGGUUAUACAAGUGUUCAGUUCAGAAACUGGUGGUCGUCAUCUCGAAUAUUGAAAGUGGAGAGGUCCUUGAAAGAUGGCAGUUUGAUAUUGAGUGUGACAAGACUGCAAAAGAUGACAGUGCACCCAGAGAAAAGUCUCAGAAAGCUAUCCAAGAUGAAAUCCGUUCAGUGAUCAGACAGAUCACAGCUACAGUAACAUUUCUGCCACUGUUGGAAGUUUCCUGUUCAUUUGAUCUCCUCAUUUAUACAGACAAAGAUCUGGUUGUACCUGAAAAAUGGGAAGAGUCGGGACCACAGUUCAUUACCAAUUCUGAGGAAGUUCGUCUUCGUUCAUUUACUACUACAAUUCACAAAGUAAAUAGCAUGGUAGCCUACAAAAUUCCUGUCAAUGACUGAGGAUGAGAUAUGGACAGUAACGUGCUUGUAACUCUCAAAUGUGGUUUUCCUGUCAGAUCAACUAUGGUUGAUAUGUUUUAUUUCAUUGGUUAAUUUUUAGAUGAGGAAAACUUAACAUGAUACUUUACUGAAUCUGUGCAAAAUUGUUCCAUUUUUGGUACCUAUCUGACUUUCCAUAGGGUUGCCAUAAGCUACUGCACAGAUUGCCUCAGUACUGCAGUGUUACUUUCUUUGAAGGUAGUAACCACAGGUGGAAAACCUUCUGCUA